UUUUCUUGACCACCCGAGAGAUUCCACGCGCAUCGAUGAUGUCCAGCGCCGUGACCUGGCAGCAGCCACCGGAUCGACCCGCAUCCGUCGAACGUGGAGCCGGCCACCGAUGUUGAAGUCUCCUCCUCGUUCUUUUUGACCUCAACGUUUCUCAUCGUAACUGGACCCCGUUCAUUUGCGAGAUUCCUUUCUUUCCCCGCAGUCCAAUGGGAGUCCAUUAUUCCGAUUCACCACCGUGUACAAAUAAGGAGGCGGAGGAGGACUCCCUCCCGUCUGCCUCUCUGCCUCUUUCUGCGGUUCCUCGUGGAAUCCUUCUCCCCUUUCUCUUCAGGCAUGGAGGAUGGUAAUUCCAAGAUAAGUCCUUCAUUGAGAGAUUUCUAUAUCCCGGAUUAUAUGCUAGUGCCAGAGUCAAAAAAAGUUGAUGUCCUAGAAGAGCCGGCUUGUCCUGUGGUUGUUUUCAUCAAUUCAAGAAGUGGUGGCCAACUUGGAGGUGAUCUGAUAAAAACAUACCGUGAGCUUCUAAAUUAUGCUCAGGUUUUUGACUUAGGAGAAGAAGCUCCUGAUAAGGUGCUUCAUAGACUUUAUGGUAACAUUGAAAAGCUUAAAUCUGAGGGAGAUCAUCUUGCUACUCAUAUUGAGAAGACAUUAAGAUUAAUUGUUGCAGGCGGUGAUGGUACAGCAGGUUGGCUUCUUGGCGUAGUCUGUGAUCUUAAACUUGCAAAACCACCUCCAAUUGCUACAGUACCUUUGGGAACCGGAAACAAUCUCCCUUAUUCAUUUGGCUGGGUUGAUCUCCAAAAAAAGGUUGUUGCUGCAACAGACCUCGACAUUGGCAGCUUGGGCAAUGACAGUGACUACGGAAAGAAGAAUCCUUCUACAGAUCAGCAGUCAGUUCUGUCUUUCCUUCAACAAGUUAAAGAAGCAAAAGAGAUGAAAAUUGACAGUUGGCAUAUUGUCAUGCGAAUGAAAGUUCCAAAGGAAGGUUCCUUCGAUCCAAUUCCUCCAUUGGAGUUGCCACACUCUCUACAUGCAUUCCAACGGGUAUCAAGUUCAGACACACUUAAUGUGGAAGGUUAUCACACUUUUCGUGGUGGCUUUUGGAACUACUUUAGCAUGGGAAUGGAUGCCCAUGUGUCAUAUGCAUUUCAUUCUGAGAGGAAGAAGCAUCCAGAAAGAUUCAAGAACCAAUUAACUAAUCAGAGUGCGUACGCAAAAAUUGGGCUUAAACAAGGAUGGUUUCUUGCUUCUCUUUGUCAUCCUUCAUCAAGGAAUAUAGCACAGCUUGCAAACGUCAAGAUCAUGAAAACACCAGGCCAGUGGGUAGAUCUUCAUAUUCCUAGCAGCAUUAGAUCCAUUGUUUGUCUCAACUUACCCAGUUUUUCUGGAGGACUUAAUCCAUGGGGGACUCCUAAUCAGAAGAAAGCACGAUAUAGGGAUCUUACUCGGCCAUUUGUUGAUGAUGGCUUGCUUGAGGUUGUGGGUUUCCGAGAUGCAUGGCAUGGGCUUGUUUUGCUUGCUCCCAAGGGGCAUGGGACUCGUCUUGCACAGGCACGUAGAAUUCGUUUCGAAUUCCACAAGGGUGCAACAGAUCAUACAUUUAUGCGAAUUGAUGGAGAACCAUGGAAGCAGCCUUUGCCUGUGGAUGAUGAUGCAGUUGUGGUUGAGAUAUCUCAUUUAGGUCAGGUUGAUAUGCUUACUACCAAAAACUGCAUUUCAAGGAGUAUCAGUGACCCCUCAACGCCAUCAAAAUGGAGCCACAACGGGGACGAGGAUAGUGAGGAUUCCGAGGAUGAAUGGGAAGGAGGGAGGAGCAAGUUUGGUGCAGCAGCAACGUUCAAGAUUUCUGAGGAGAUUGACAUCGCUCAUCUGAGCUAAGUUCUAUCUCUACCUGCUUCUGUAACUACUGGUUUAAAUUUGCAAUUUGUAGUUGUUCGAACUUGUAUUCAUUAUUAUUGACAUGUUAUAAUAAGCUAGUUUUGUAGAUGCUUGGAAGUAUAUAUACUACCUGAGUCCCUUUGGUAUGCUUUAUCAUAAUUUCCUUCUUAGGAAAGUCGAUAGAAAAAAAAAAGAGUUUUCUUGAGGAAAAAUGUAAAAAAGGAUGAGAGAAAGAUACAAAAAGAUGUAGGAAGGGACACUCUUUGCAUGGAGGGAAAGAUUUAACUACAAAAGGGGAAAAAAAGGCAGGGGAAACUCGACAGUCCUAGAUGCUGUCGUUCCAGUCAUGUCAGAUUACCCACCUUUGUAAUGACUGAUUUGAUUUGUGUAUAAGAAAUGGUACAGGUUUGUGAAGAACUCUUGAUUGCAGUCUAAAAAUCUUCUCUAAUAGAAUGUGUUCAGAGAAUACAAUAUAUGAUGCUGUCGUUACCACUUACUUUUGUUAAUGGAGUAGCAGCAAUCCACGGGUGAACAGGAUCCCAGUAUCAUCCUCUCUCGUGUUUACACAGAGAAAACCAGACACCUGUAAGAUUUCUGACAUAACUGAAUCCUGCUGCAAACAAAACAGAAUUGGCAAAGGAAGCCUUGUCAUUGGGUAUAAGCUUUACUUGGGACUACAUAAAUCCAGAACAUGACUUUGCUCAAGGACUCUUCAAUUUGCUUGGCUUGCUUAAUGUAACCAAUGCCUCCCUUCUUCCACUUCUCGGCUGAAGAAAGCAUCAGUUUGAUGCAAGCAAAUGAUUCAAGACUGUUUCCAUUGUUCUUUGCCUGCCAUGAAUCAACCUCAGCACAUAGUUCCAAUGCCAAAAUCUGCUUAGUUCUUCCUUGCCUGCCUCCACCAUUAGCAUGCUCGUGGCCACAGCCAUCUUUUGUGUCUUCUGUUUUACAAAGGUGAUAAUAUAGCAAUGCAAUAAGCUUUCUUUAGUCUUCUUGAAUUUUAUUUGAUGGAAGUAGAGAAGAAUAUUGCAAGGCAGUAAUAUUGAUGGGUGACAUUACUGAUUUAUGUGUCUCCACUCUCCAUCAAAAUACUAUGCAAAAUUUUGACUAGUUGUAUCCUUAUUUUGAUCUUAAUUCUCGAGCAUACAAUCAACAAAA